AUGAACAGGGCAUUGUUGAGAGCUGCCUGGUCCUCCAGGACAGCACUUCGCGCGCCUCCUUCCGUCUCUCGCGCCGCGUUAUACCGGUCGACCAUUCACCCCGUCAAUCGAGCUUUUGCUUCAGUAUCUUGCCUCCGCUCUGAGCAACCUUCAUCCUCGUCCUCUGCAGUGCCACCAGCAUCUGAGCUGAAAGAAGAACCGACAGCGAACUCCGCGUCGGAGAGCACCCCUCACAUCCCAUGGUAUCUACAGGAAGAAGCACCUGUGCCCGAGUCACGGCAGACAACUUCGCGAGAUCAGAUUCCCGAUCUGCCGGAGAAUCCUCCAGCUAUCCUCCCUGCACUCCUCGACUACGUGUUCAAGGACAUUGGUCUCGAUGAAUUGAAGUUGAUUGAUUUGCGCGGAUUGGAAACUCCGCCAGCUCUCGGUGCCAACGUGAUUAUGAUAAUUGGAACUGCUCGCAGUGUCAAGCACUUGAAUGUGUCCGCAGAUCGUCUUUGCCGCUGGUUGAGAAGUACCUAUAAGCUAUCUCCCUACGCUGAUGGACUCCUGGGUCGGAAUGAAUUGAAGAUCAAGCUCCGGAGAAAAGCUCGGCGUGCUAGGCUCGCCAGCAGGUCUGGUACUAUGUUUGACGAAAAGGACGAUGGGAUCACGACAGGCUGGAUCUGUGUCAAUGCUGGUGUGGUAGAGGAAACGCCAGUCCAGAAGGAUGAGAAUUAUAGUUUUGAAGGAUUUGGCCACACUGCCACCGGCACUAGGGUUGUUGUGCAGAUGUUCACAGAAGAAAAGAGAGCCGAAGUCGAUCUUGAGAGCCUUUGGCAGAAGGCGCUGGACCGAUCCGAAAGAGAGAAACAAAGGAUUUCCCAGGUUAAUUCAGCCGCACCUUCCGAAGAGGUUCGUGCUUCCAAUUCGAUAAACGUAUCACCAUCUGACCGUGAGUUCGGCCAUGCCUCCAGGUUUCCCACUAGCCCUUUGUUCGGACAGAAGAGGCUGCUUCACACCAACCGUCGUCCCGCAAGCCAACACUUCGACCGUGCAGCGAUCCAUGCAGAAGAUACGGAAGUAACUCUGGAUUCCCAGCCUUCGUCUUUACUUCGAGACCAUGAUCAUAGCGACAAUGGAAAGACAACCCGCUCAAUGGAUGCACUAUUUGACCACCUCUCAAAACUAUCCGACGUUCAGGCCAGGAUCGAACUAGGAGAGGGACCGGAAGAUAAUGACUCUACACUAUUCAUGCGCCUAUUUCAUGAUCUGUUAUCAAUCAGCACGGCGGUAGAGAGAGCAACAGCUCGUCUCGUCCUAUUCUGCAACGCGAUUGCCAGACAGCACCCGGGGUAUUCAAAGCGGGGUUUAUAUUCAGCGUUCACAGAAUGUACAUGCGCUGGUUGUUCAGUAUCUGAUGAUCUAGCAUUUUCAGUUGUUUCAGCCUUGUUAUCUCCCCGACUAGCAGGGACUAGCCCUGAGGACGUUGCAGGGCAAGUUCCGGAAGCGGACCAGGAAUUAGCUCUCCUUGUGCUUGAACAUCUUUCUCUGCGCGGCACCAAUGUUGUCAAUAUGAAAGUGUUCGACAUGAUUUAUCGAGCCGUUGCCAAUUCCCCGUCCACCACUGUACCAGACGGAGCAAAUGAUGCACAGGCUGAACAUAAAAGCGCUCUUUAUCGGGUGUCUCGCCUAAUCGACACCCUUGACCUACCCUUUGAACCGGAGCAAGCCCGCAGCCUUAUGCUAUCGCUUUUCCAGCACGGCGACUACAAUGGCUUUUGGAAGUUGUGGCGCAAGGGUCCCCUUAAUGGAAGUCUGCGCACCGCUGCUGACUACAAGAUGUUGUUCCGUUUGCAUGCUGAUCUGGGAGAUGAACUCCGUGCCCGGGACUGCGUAUCAACAUGGAUUCCGAUGAUGAGGAGAGAGGAAAAUCCGAUACCCCUCGAGGGAGAGCUCCUGGUAGAUAUCAAGCGCUGCCUUUUGCUUGCCGAUCCAGAUAUUGUGCAAAAGGCCGCGGAAGGUUCGACGAGCAAUCUGUCCCCCCAUCCCAACUGCUUCUUCCACCUAGGGGCCAAUGACUGGCCUUCUGCUGCCAUCAUGGAGUACCUUCCCAGUCUGCAGCAAGAAUUCGAUGAGCUGAAGCCAUCGCUGUUCGAGCUGCUCGCCGAACAACAGCUCUCCGACCUUCUCCCCCCUUCAAUCCGAUACAUCCUCGCCGUCGCGACCCACCGUCAUCCACGAUACCUCCUCCGAAUCCUCAACUCCUACGACGAGAUCUACGCGCUCCUCUCCCUCGUCGUCGAACGCUACUACCUCCGCACCUUCGGCGGCUCCUUCACAGAGAACUUCUACUCGCUCAAACGCGAACGAGUCCUCCUCACCAAGAAUGGCGAGAUCCCUCGCGCCCAACUCGGCGCCCCAGGCCCCGUCCGCGAAGCCCUCAAGCUCCGCACCUCCGACGUCUGGAAGAACCUCCUCGUUCUCGUCGGCAUCCCCUACCUAAAGCGCAAGCUCGACGAAGGCUACGACAUCCACGCCGCACCGCAAGCAUCCCUAAUCAUGAGCGGCGGUCCUCGCUACAACCCAGGCGACGACCUCCCUCCAAACCCAACAAUCCGCCAACGUCUCCUCCACUACUACAAGUGGUUCCUCCGCAACGUCUACCCCUCCGUCAACGCCGCUUACUACUUCUCCAUCCUCGCCUUCAACCUCGCCUACCUCUUCGACAACACCAAAUACUCCUCUCCCUUCCUCUGGCUCAUCGGCACCCGCAUCCGCCGUCUCAGCUCCGCAGACCACCGCGCCAUCGCCUCCAUCCUCGACCCCAAGCCCACUCCCGGAUCUGGUCCCGGCGGCGCAGGCGCCCGCACCCGCCCCGGCUCCGGCCUCCUGGGCCUCCUCAGCCCCCAGAACCUCUACCCCCAACUCCUCACCUCCCUCCGCUACUUCCUCCCGGCGUCAAUCUUCGCCCUCAAGUUCCUCGAAUGGUGGCACGCAAGUGACUUCUCGCGCCAACUCGCCCGCAAAGCAACCGAGGUCUUGGACCUCCCUGUCCCCGUUGCAACAGGAAUGACCCCUCCCUCGGAGAAGCGUAAGGCAGCCGCCGCCGAGAAACAACAACAGCAGCAGCAGCAGCAACAGCAGCAACCAUCAUCCCCAACCCUCAAAUCAGCACUCAAAUCAACCCCGCCAGCACGCACACGCAUUCAACCCCCCAUCUCAGCAACCUCAUACCUACCCAUCUUCACCGUGCCACUUCCCCCGCCAGACUCGGAUGUCGCGUCCGCGUGCCCGAUCUGUUUGAAUGCGCUUACGAACCCUACGGCGUGUCAGACGGGGUAUGUUUUCUGCUACGUGUGUAUCUUCCAUUGGUUGAAUGGGGAGCAUCAGCGACAGCUGGAUUUCAUGAAUGGGGAGGGUGCGGGCGCGGCGUGGGCGGAUGAUGAUUUGGAAGGGGGUGAGGGGGAGCAUAAGGGUGGGGAUGGUGAUGAAGAGGAGAUGAAGAAGUCGAGGAGUAGACGCGGGAAGUGGGAGAGUGGGAAGGGAAGGUGUCCGGUUACAGGGAGGAGAGUGCUUGGGGGGACGGAAGGGUUGAGGAGGGUGUUGGUGUAG